AUGGUCCAAGGUUUGCCGGCCUAUGAUAACCAUCCUGUUGUUCGCAGGGCCCGUGCUGCUGGACAAGAGAGCCUUGUAAGGCCCCUUGGGCUCUACUGGGACGGUGUCCGGUACUCCGUGCACAGUUCUUUCACUGGGUUCUACAUCACCGACAUCUUGUCUGGGCAGAAGUUUGUAUCUUUUCUGCUUCGCUACUUUGCAAAAGAUUCGCGAUUUUCUGUUGUUCGGAAGACAUGUGCCGCUGUGGCUGCCGUGGGUGGUGCAGCAUCUUUCCGCUGCUGGAUGCUUGGGUGA